CUUUGUUUUUUUUUCAUUAACUACAUUCAAAAUAGUGCUAGAUAUUUUUUUAAACUUUAAUCAAAUGUUUUUGUAUGUGUAGUCCAUAGCUAUUCUAGCUAGCUUGGCAUUUAUCCCUUUAUCCCACACAACAUGACCAAAAACCAUAUACCUAGUCAAGGUUGGCCAAGACAUUUUAUAGCAUGAUUGCUGAAUCUCUAGAUACUAAAUAACUAAUUAUUUACAAAGACUGAUUAUUAUGGGCGAGCCGUUGCCAGAUGUUUCAAAGCACAAAGUUAUUAUUAUUGGUGCUGGCAUUGCAGGUCUUGCAGCAGCCACACAUUUGUCACAACAUGAUAUGAAUGAUUUUAUUGUAUUGGAAGCACAAAACCGUAUUGGUGGUCGAAUAUGUUCUGCUAAAAUAAAUGGUCAACAAAUUGAACUUGGGGCUCACUGGAUUCAUGGCGUAUUAGGCAAUCCUAUGUAUGAAUUAGCUUUGGCUAACGGUCUAGUGGAUAUUACUCAUCGUCCGAAAUUACCCAGUAUUAUUGCAACCGCAAUGGAUGGAACUAAGGUUCCUAUUCAAUUAUUACAAGAAACAUAUGAAGCAUAUAUGUGUUUUUUGCGGCGAUGUGAAGAUUACUUUACGGGCGCAUUUGAUCCACCACCUGGGAUUCACAGUGUUGGAGAACAUGUACAGCUCGAAAUUGCAAUUUAUUUGGAAAAAGUACAAAAUAAUAAUGUUCGUAAAUUACAGCGAUUAAUUUUUAACUGUCUACUGAAGCGAGAAACUUGUAUUACUGGAUGUAACAAUAUGGCUGAUAUUGAUUUAGUUGAGUUAGGUAGUUACAAAGAACUGCAGGGUGGUAACAUUGCACUGCCUAGUGGUUACAGCAGUAUUUUAGAUCCAAUACAUAACAAGUUACCACCUGAUUGUAUAAAAAUGAAUUCUCAAGUGACAAAAAUCAAAUGGCCAUCAGGCAUUGACAAUGGUACAGAUUCUGAAGAUUCUGAUAAGACUGUGAUUGAAGUAGGUGGAGAGGAUGUCACCAAUGAAACUGUGUACGUUUAUUGUAAUGAUAAGAUUUAUGAAGCUGAUAGUAUUAUAUGCACAUUGCCAUUGGGUAUACUUAAAUCAAAUGAUAUUUUUUGUCCAAAACUACCAAAGUACAAAGAAAAAUCUAUUGGUAGACUAUUGUAUGGUGUAGUGGAUAAAAUUUUUUUGUAUUAUGAUCGACCGUUUUUGAGUCAAGAUACAGAUGAGAUACUUUUAUUAUGGGAAAAUGAUGAAAUCGGGGAUUGGACUGAAAAAAUAUAUAGCUUUUCAAAAGUAAAUGAUACACUAUUGCUUGGUUGGUUAUCUGGCAAUGAAGCUGAAAUUAUGGAGAAAUUGGAUGAUAAAAUAAUAGGAGACAAGUGUACAGAAGUAUUGAGACGUUUUUUAAAUGACCCUUGUAUACCAUAUCCAUCUAAAUGUAUUUGCACUCAAUGGAAAGCUAAUGAAUUCAGUCUCGGUUCAUAUACUGCUAUUGGAGUUGGCUCUAGUCAGUUAGAUAUUGAACACAUUGCAAGGCCAAUGUAUGUCAAUAAUAAUAAGAUUCCUAUUAUAACAUUUGCUGGGGAACAUACUCAUCCAAAUUUUUAUUCUACCGUUCAUGGAGCAUAUUUGUCUGGGCGUGCAGCUGCUGAAAUGUUGAUUGUAUGUAAACGUGAAGACGAACCACUCAAUACUACAGUUUCUGACCUAAGUUCGUGGGUACAAGGCUUACCACUAGCAUAGUAAAACUUUUGUUAUUUAAUUAAUUUAUUUAUUUUUUGCAAUUGUAUUUGUUUAUUUUACAAAAUUGUGAUAUUAGGUAUUAGUUGUUAGUUCAAGUUAGAAAAACGUCGCUUUUUUGACUGAACUUUUAUUCUGGUCAACAGAUAAUUUUCUAAAAAUAUUGUUUCUUGCUAAGUGCAUCUUUAUUUUCAUAAAUCUAAAACUCUGAAAAUGUAUAUGUUUGUAAAGACUUAUUAGUUUUUAUAUUUCUGUGGACAAAUAUUCAUUAAAUUUUUAAUAUUAAACCAUGGCGUACAUUUUGUUUUAAAAAUGUAAUUGCCUUAAAGUCUAUUUUUAAAUUUCUUUUCUUUUUUUAUGGCUUUUUAAAUUGUUUAACCUUUUCACUGCUAAAUUGGUUUUUCCUAUGAAACUCAUCUCUGCUGAAUUAUUUUUUUAUAAUUUUUUUAUUUAUAUCAUAUUAUAUGGCUAACAUUUACUUGUAUAGUUGCAUAGAACCAUAUGUUGAAAUUUGAAGUUGAAAAAUAAAAGCAAUAUAUAUUGAAUUAGAUA